AUGAACCGAAAGAUCACCUCAAGGUUCGAGAUCCCGGCAGCAUCUUUCAGCUUGUUCAUGCUUUUGACAAUCACAAUAUGGAUCCCGUUUUAUGACUGUAUUAUGGUCCCGUUUCUAGCAAAAUUUACACACGAGCCUCGUGGACUCAACCUGAAAACCCGAAUGGGAGUUGGGAUAAUAUUGUCAAUCAUGGCCAUGGUAGUAUCCGCAAUCGUGGAAACCAUAAGGCGUGAUUUAGCAAACUCAAACACGACGGUUGUCAUGUCAGCAAUGUGGUUGGUCCCACAGUUUGUAUUACUAGGUUUAGCUGAAGCGUUUAAUGCAAUUGGACAAUUGGAGUUUUAUUAUUCCGAGCUCCCAAGUAGUAUGUCGAGUUUAGCAACGGUUAUGUUUAUGGUGAGCAUGGCGGUUGCUUCGCUUGUUGUAAGCCUUUUAACUAAUAUUGUGGACUCGGUUACUAGCCAAGGAGGUGGCGUAAGUUGGCUGUCGAGUGAUAUCGACGAGGGACACGUGGAUUACUAUUAUUGGUUGCUUAGUUUCUUGACUUUGCUCAACUUUGUCUACUAUUUAAUUUGCUGUCGUGUUCAUCAGAGUUUUUCUUCGUCGGAAAGUAGGUUGUCCCAUGCCGUCGAUGAAGAAAUAUUUGAUGGCAUUGAAGGCAAACCUUGA